UGUUAUAGAGUCUUUUGACGAUAUUGAUGAUGCUGUAGUCGCCUGGAAUAAUCUUUUUGUUGAUGUUGCAAACCAGCAUGCUCCUUUAAAGAGAAUUAGAACAAAACAUGCGUCUUAACCUUGGAUCACUAAUGAUCUUAAAGAACUGAUGGCUGAAAGAGACUAUGUAUUAAGAGUUGCGAAGAGACAUGGCAAUCAGAAACAGUGGAAUGAGUAUCGUAGAUUGAAAAACUUUACGAACAGAAAGGUAAAAUCAGCGGAGGCAUUGCACUACAAAAAUCUAAUUGAGUCAGCUGAGAAUCCUAAGGACAUGUGGCGCUCGCUUAGCUCCGUGAUUGGUUCCAAGAACCAGUGGGGCUCUCCUUUUCAAGUACAUGACGGGAAACGUUUAGUAUCGGAGCCAAAAAGCGUAGCAACAAAAUUCAACAAGUUUUUCGCUGCCAUUGGCAGCAAAGUUGCUGGUCGAUUGCGCUCUGUGAGUAAGGACGCAUGGAAGAAAUAUGAAACAGUGAAAGAAGCAAACAAGCAGAGUGAUAUCAAAUCCAUCUUGGACUUUCAACGGGUUGAACAGAACACUGUUCAAAGCAUUUUGCAUUCUUUGAAAGUUAAUAAGGCAGCUGGACUUGACAGAAUUCCAUCAAGGCUGCUAAAAGAUGCUGAGGCGGAGCUUGCUCCGUCAAUCACCUAUCUUGUGAAUAGAUCAAUUACCUUCAUGACUUUGUAUCGUUACCAUCUACUGCAAGCCAAGUUUGAAAGGCAAAAUAGCGGUUGA